ACAUUGCGGUAAGAAAAUGGCUGAACUAUUAGAAGAUGGCGUUUGACUUAGAGAUUGUUAUCUUAAAUAAUUUAUUCACAUUAACUAACUUGUUUAGAUGGAAAUUUUGCAAUAAAAUUUUAACAAAUCGUCUUUAAGUACAGUGCUUUUACACUUAGCACCUUAGGGAAGCUCUUUUCUUUGAAAAGGUUUUCCAGAAGAACAAAUACUCUUGACUUGUGCUGACAUGUACCCAAAUAGUCCUUGAGGAAUGGCUGAAACUGAAAAUAAUGCACCUAAAGAACUUAAUCCUACUUGUUCUCUAAGUUCUGAGACAUCAGGUGCUUCUAGUGUUGAAUCCAAACCGUCAACGAGUAUGGUUAUUAAGGAAACUUGUAGAGAAGGUUCUUCUGUUUCGAGCAAUUCAAACACAAUACUCAUAAAAAAAUUUAAUCAAGAAGUAACCAGUGCUACUGGGAAUACUGUUGAAAAAGUUGAUGUUAAUGGUCGAAGUAUAUCUAGCACCCUUGAAGAUGCUAGUGACAAAAAUGACUGUACACCUUUAGAUUGUUCAACAGAGCAAGCCAAUAAAGAUAAUGAAUCCAGUAAAUCUGAGACAAGCUGCUAUUUUGUAUCUGAUGUCCACAUCUCCUCUCUACAGGAUAAUUCAAAUGGUAAAGUUCUGGUUCAUCAAAAUGUCAACUCUUCAAAUGAAACUCAAACCUGGCUGAAGCCAUCAGGAUUAUUUGUUGAAACUCCUAAAAAUAAAAGCUUAAUUUUUGGACAGUUUCAAACUUUUACUGGUCAGAAUUAUAUGAAUCCAUAUGUACAUUUUAAUAACCCAUCACUGUUGAAUUAUAAAAUUGUUGAAAACAUAAAUAAAAUUGAAUACCAGCCUGAAUCGUCAAAAGUUUCAUCAGUUCUCGAUGGUGAUUCUUCAAAUAAAAAAAAAACUAGUUGUGAACUUAGAAGUGAAGAACUGAAUCCCGAAGUUUUGAAAAUGAAUUCUCCUGAUACAGUUUCUGCUGAUGAUAGCUGUUUAGUGCCUCAUACAGAUGAACUCGAAGAACCUAUAGUACCAAAUACAAGUACAUUUGAAAUAAAACCAACUCUGAAUUUUUCAGACCAUAAAAAAAGAAGAGGCACAAGUAGUUCUACCACAGUUGAUUCGAAGGAAGAAGUGGAGAAAAAGUUUUUCAAAGUAGACACUAAAGUUAACUUUGAGUUUCAACCGUGGCUGAAUGACAAUAAAAAAAUCUUAAAAUCUGAUAAAGAACAAGACUGCAGUAACAAAAACUUGUCAGGCCCAAAUCAGGAGUUUGAUACUAAGACAAAUAGUGUUUGCAAAGAGCACGAAAGACCUUCCUUCACAGAAUUUAAGAAUUGUCACAUAAAAAAAUUCAAUGAAGGACAAAGUAAUGCUCUGCGAGAUAUACCUAGCCCAUCAACAAUUAUAUUUGACCAGAAUCAGCCCCAUUCUAGAAAUUCUGAAAGCAACAGUAAUAGUAGAUUCUUUGAUGGUAGAAGUUUCUUGUUGGAAGAUUCCAAUGGUCAAGUUGAUAAUUAUGCAAGAGAAGUUGACCAGGAUGUCACAAGGCAUCCACGAUCGUAUCAGUGUGAUAUCUGUCACAUGAAAUUCACCCAGUUUGCUAACAUGCGCAGACACAAGCUGAGCCAUUUUGGAGUUAGACCUUUUGAAUGUCGCCUGUGUCCAAAACGUUUCUUCCGAAAAGAUCAUCUAAUGGAACACGUUGUAAGACAACAUUCACUACAACGACCCUUCUGUUGCCCUUUCUGUGUUAAAAGUUUUAACAGCCGAUCACAAUUAAAAACACACUUAUCAACUGAUCAUAGUGGGGAUAAACUUUGCAGGAUAUGUGGUUUUGAAUCUGUCUCUGUUGCUGGAGCUAAAGUGCAUUACCUGUCUCGCCAUGGAAAGUUGAACUCUGAGAGUCUAGAAAGUUCUUCAGUGUCCAACAUGGGAAUUGAUCUAGUUCAGUCACCUAUUGAAAGAGCUGUUGACUUAAAUGUUGUUUCUCAAAACUUUGUUCCUGGUAUGCUUCAUCCUCCUGUUGUAUCUUCAAAUCAGUUAGUAGAUGGUAGUAAAUCUUAUUCAACACACUUGUUUUGUGUUCCACCUUCAUUAACUGUUGGGUCUGUUUCAUCUUCAACAAACACAUUUUGCACCUCCAGUACAUCUCCAGUGACAUCAGAUACUCAUUUUUUCUGUAAUGCUCUCUCUUCUCGAAUAAAUCAUAAUAAGCCGCUGGACGUAGCAGUUGCUUCAGAUCAAACCACUUGCUUGUUAGGAACACACAACAUUAGAAAAAAUAUUAUUAGAUUAGAUCCUUCUUUUAAAAGUCCAUUGUCACAAAAAGUUCUUCCAGCUUCAAAUGCAACAUCACAUACUAAUACUUCACUUACACUUCAAACAGAUCCCAUGAAUGUUUCUUCAACAGAAACAACAUUUCAUCAUUCUAAUGUUUCUUCCCAAGGAAAUAAACAACAAGUAACUCAGUGUUCCUCAGGCUCUGAGUAUCCUGAUACAUCUGAAGUUUCUAAGAAGUUUGUGAUUAAAACAGAGCCAAGAGAUGCAAGUAUCCAACUCAUUGGUGUCAAAAUGGAUGAUUUUUCCUCACACACCAUAAAGAAUUAUGAUCUGAAUCAAGAAGGGUUUUCAUCAAAUAUAGACAACACUUCAGAAACUUCUUGUGAUUCUGGUGUUUCUGGAGACUUCAAAGAAAAGAAGCAAGAGAAUAGUAAUGUCUCUGAUCAAACAUCUCGCUCUUCAACAUCUAAUAAAGAUGAGUACCAAAAAGUAGUUGUUAUGUCUGACCACCAAAAGAAUCCACACACAUCUACAGAAUCAUUGACAUCGGAGUCUCCUGUCUGUCCAAGAUAUUCAGUGAGAAAACACCAGCCUUCGCAGUCCUCAGAUAGUGGAUGUGCUACAGAAGAGUUAGCCAAUGCUGAAAGGAUAUGUCGUAUAUCCCGGUGUACCCCUCAAGGUAGCACAUCUAGUGAUAAUUGUCCUGGUUCAAGUGAAGAUAACAGUGCCGCCAACCAAAGACAAACAUCUCGUGACGUUCCACGAUCACAACAGGACAAAUACAGAGCUCCGUCGACAUCUUCAACUGAUGGAACAGCUGAAACAACCAUGCAUGUCAAACCCGAUCCUGAUAGCGUGAAUAGAGGAAACAAUAAUUCCCAGGACCAGUCAUUGGUAUGUUCCCAUUGUGAAAUCACAUUUCAAGAUCAGACACUUUAUUUUCUCCACAGGGGUCUACAUUCAGGCUCAAAUCCCUGGAAAUGUAACUUGUGUGGCCAAGAAUGUAGAGAUAAGUAUCAUUUCACUUCUCAUAUAAUCAGUGAUGCUCACGAUUAGACUGUUUUCAUCCACUUGCUUGUCAUGUUAUUGUAAUGGUGCUUGAGUAAAAAGUAAAUUAUAUGUUGCAUUGAAUUGAAAAAAUAAUACAAAAAAAAACACGUGUUUUUGUAAAAUAUGUAUUGCAUGUAUGGUAUGUGAUAUUAAGACUAGGCACGCAUUUUGAUACUUUAAAAUUUUUGAACAUUAAUGUAUAAAAAUGGUACAUGAACAAAAAUGGAUUGUUGAUAGAGUGUAGACAGUUUUACUGCGUUAUUAAUUCAUGUUGUCAGUUUUCAUUUGUAAUUAGUAUGUCAUUGAACUUUCACUUAUUUGCAGGUAUUGAUUAUUUAACUAGACAAAAGGACCAGACUGAACCUGUACAUGUACUAGAGUUAUGACACAGCUAGUAAGAUUUAGGAUUUACAAGUUAAAUAUACUUCAAUAUUUGAACAAAACUUCAUGUUCAUCUUGAUUUUGAACCUUUUUUUUUUUUUGAGGGGGGGUGUUUCGAGCAAACACCCAUAAUUUGACUAAAAUACACUGUAUUUAGUAUACUCACCUAUAAGCUGACAGUUUUUGUUAUUAAACUGUUCUCAUCACUAAACAUCCAAUCUAUUGAAAUAUAUAAGUUUUAUUAAACUAUUAUAAUUGUUCUUAAAAGUUCUCUCUCAGCAGUAUGCUUAAUUCCAGCAAACCCAUAUAUGGGAUGUAUGCUGUUGUUGUAAUGAGAAAGUGAAAAAUCUAGGGUGUGUUAAACUUUAGCCUUUUAAUGUUGUAAAUAACUCCAAAUUAUGAGUUUAGUCUUAAGAAUUGAAAACAUAUAACAAAAACCUAUUUAACAUCUUAUAUGUUUCACAGCUGUUGACUGUAUGCUAGUAGAUUAUAAUACACUUGUCUUAGCAAACAGUUACAAUAUUUAACUGAACAAUAACAUCACCAUAAAGAAAACUUACGGAAAGCAUGUUACAGUUGUACUUCAUUACCUUAAGGAAUUUAUAUUUUCAGCAGGUUUAGAAAAUGUUUACGUUCUAAUUAGACCUAGUGUUAAGUCUUUUUUUAACAAUGACUUGUAGAACUUUGGAAAGAUAAGGUAUUUCAUGGUAUAAAGAGCAUAUUAAAGCAAGUAACAAGUGUUCAGUAUUUUUGUUGUAUUUGCCAGAAUGAUUGAAGUUUAUGUUAACAUAAUGACUACUUAGUAGACUGUUAUCUAGUUUGUGACAUAAUCCUGUAGAAAGUAGUAUUCGUUUUUAAAACUAGUUUUAAGUCUGAAAAAUACUAACAUAACUCUUGUGAUAAAUGUUUUUACUAUCCUAUCAUUUUUAUCGUAUAAUUUGACAACUUAAAUCAUUGAUAUUGUAAGUGUUUAGAAAAAUGCUUCCCAUAUAUUUUCUCAGACCACAUGCAAAGUUUGAAUGAAAUUGGUAGAUGAAUUUUGUAAAAUAUGAAACGUUAGGGAAAUAUGUGUAAUGUAUCAAUUCGUUAACAUACUCCGUAUUGAUAUUUUACUCGUUAGUGUUUCCUGUAGUAUAAUCAGCCCACUACGCUGUAAGACUAUAAACAAGUAUUAUUUGUACAGUUUGUUGUAUUUGGUGACUAUAGUUAUGUUAAAGACAUGGUGGUUUUAAAUAAAAACUGUCUCAGUAUUUAAAAUGAUGUUACUGAAAACCAGUAACCUUUUUUUAUCUUCUCACAUUAUCAGUCUUUGAAAUGGUACUAAGUUUACCGAUACAGUGAUCAUUUUUCAAAUAAUAACAAUUGUAGUGAGGGCUUCAAGGGAUAAUCCAACAAAGUGAUGUCACUAUUUUGAGUAAUGUAUAUCAACUGUCUUGAGUGCAAACCUGACAUAUACAUCAUUGUAAUUUUUCUUUAUUUAUAGAUAUUGUUAAGAUACAGUUGAGUGAUUGUUGAUGUUAUACAGUAAGAUUAUAUUUGCAUUAUAGAUUUUACACAAUCAGUAUCAUAUAUAUAUAGUUUAUAUAAAUAUGUUGUAUUUUAUAAUGCUAAUGUCAUUGAGUGAGUUACUUUAAUAUUUUACUAGUUGGAAUAACUGUGUAGUACAUAUUUGUACACUAUUUUUUAUUAGUGUUUUCUUUUAACUAUCCCCAAAACCUUGCCUGGUACAAGUACUUGAAUACCACGUUGUGCCAAUGUUUAGACAGCUAUGUUGAAUGUGUUUUAUGUUAGAUAUGUGGCUUAUGUUUUACCGUAUGUGGUUCCAUAUUAUUUUUACUUGCCUAUAAUUAUUUUUCUGAUCCAUAAAAGAAAUUGUUUUUUUGUAUGUUUACAUGUCCGGUAAUUUAUGUGGUUGCUGUAUUAGUAUCGUGAAAUGUUCUCUGAAAGUAGUCCGUUUCACAGCAUAUUUGUAAUAGUAAACUGAAGUACAUGUAUAACUAUCAGUAAUGGUCACCCUGUAGAUCCCAACAUGUAUGUUAUGUACUGGUGUUUGACUUCUUAAUUCCUCUGCCUUUUGUUUGUGAUUAGUUUGGAAACCAGGAAUGUUUAAUUUAUAAAUUUUUUCUUAGAACAAACAAACAAAUAGUAUUGUACCCAUUUAGUCCUAACAACAAAUUCCAAAACAGAUUACAUAUGUUUGUGUUAGUUUUUGAUUAUCGUAGAAUAGGUGAAAAAACAAACUGAGCAUUCAAUUUAACCAAUUGUGAUGUGAAAGAUAAAAGAACAGUUUGUGUGCAUUUGACUUUUUUAGAAAAGCUAAAAAACAAAUAUGUACAACUUCAGUCAUCUCUACACAAAAGACAAAAGAACAUGUUUUUUUUUGGUGUUGAUUUCUUCACCUUCAUAAAAUGAAAGAAAAAACUGCAUGUUCGUAAGUUUAGGUUUCAUAGGAUGAACAAAAAAUUCAUUUUUUUAUAUAUAUUCCUAGAGUUGUGUUUGUUUGACAUCAAAAUACGUGUUUACUGGCUUCUGAAAAGAAGAGAUAUAUAAGAAUAUGUGGCUGUUACUGAUAAUUGAUUGAAGAUGUAUUUAUGUUGUAACUUUUUUACAUAUUUAUACAUCAUGCAUAUAAUCAUUUUUCACUAGUAAUAUGGAUGUUUCAGCUGCUUAUCAAUGUGAUGGGUUUUGUUAUUUGUUAGUUUAAUACCGACAUGAAUUGCCCGUGUCAGGAUACACUGAAUGUUAUUAUACAAUUUGUACUGUACUUUGUCCCUAAUAGGUGUGUUAGGAGUCUGUUAUUGUAACAUGUCCCUAAUACGUGUGUUAGGAGUCUGUUAUUGUACCAUAUUAUCUUUCAAAGGUAAAUGCAGAUGUUACCUUUACACAGUGCUCAAAAUUUUUCAUCUGUAUAUCAAAAUUUCAACAGUUUUUUAAAGUUGUGUAUAACUUUCUGUAUAUUGUUUUGUAUGAAGUUUUGAUCCUGGUCUUUAUGGUAUUUUAGAAUGCACAAGAGGUUGUUUUAAAAUAGAAUAUAUUUUGACUGUUGUUCUGUACACAGUUUGUUCUACAUGUAGUUGCUUAUUUAAAGACAAGGGUUAUUAUUUAACUUUUUUUAACCAGUACUUCUGUACUUCAUAUUUGAAUGUAUCAUACCGAAGAAAGUUUUUAAUUGCAUUAUUUACCAAAUUGAAUUAAUGAAAUAUAUUCAGUUAACAGAACAAAAUAUAGAAUAAUUUCUGACAUAUAAUUUUAUAAGUACCUUUAUGUAACCAAAUCAGUAAUAUUGAAAAUACGUUUUCAAAUAAAUAUUUACUGCAGUUCAGUGGUGAAGCUAUUACAAAUAGAUAAAUGGAAGAACGGUGAUAACUUGGUACUACUAAUUUAUGUAUUUCUCACUGUUUGACUGUCAAUCACAAAUUGAAAUUUUUAGAUUAUUAUAACCCAGGUUUUGCUGGAUUUAAUAAUACAGAAUUAUUAAAACAAUAAAUGAAAUGGAACAGUCAAUUUUCUUAUGUUUACAGUUGUACUAUUUUUAAUUUUAGAACUUUACACUUACAAUUCAGUAGUUUAAAUUUUAAGU